CGUUAAUAUAAUACGACGCUGGUACCAGGUUAUACAUAAACUACUUGGCGGUGAAUCAAAUAUGUGUAAUUAAACUACUUGGCGGUGAAUCAAAUAUAUGUGUAAUUGUCCAGCCCAUUCUGCAGAGAAUCUAACAUUUAAUCCUUUUCUAUACAAUUGCAUACAAAAUAAUUUUGUUAUCUUAUUCGUUAAUAUCUGAUUAUUAUAAGUAUUUACGCUUAAAAUUUGGUUCGAAAUACCUCAAAUGCUUAUCAAUAUAUAAAUAUAUCAAUCUCCAACUAACCUAUCCGUCGUUGUCGAACAUGGAGACCCCACUUCCAACUUUAUCGCAACUAACCCCAAAUCCUUCUUGCGCCGCCGCUGUCUCCACCGCAAUUCCGGCGGCAGUCAAGAGCGGAACCCUAACGCAACCGAUCGAUGGAUCCCCACGCGCCGUCCCUGUUGAUAUCGGAGGAAAUGCAGAGCCACUGGCAGCCGUUCCCGGCGCUAAGCUUCGCCUUAUGUGCAGCUUUGGCGGCCACAUCAUGCCUCGUCCACACGACAAGGCGCUGACGUACUCCGGCGGCGAGACUCGUCUGGUGGUUGUUGAUCGACGCGCGUCACUGGCCUCGCUCCGAUCACGCCUCUCCAGUAUGCUCCUCAACGGCAGGUCCUUCACUCUCAAGUACCAGCUCCCUAGCGAAGAUCUCGAUUCCCUCGUCACCAUCACCACCGAUGAAGAUCUGGAGAACAUGAUUGAGGAAUACGAUCGCGCGACGUCAUCAGCGACGGCGACUGCGACGCAACGGAUCCGGUUGUUCCUUUUCGCUAACAAGCUCGAGACCGCCGCUACCAUGGGAUCUCUGCUUGACGGUGCGAAAUCGGAGACCUGGUUCGUCGAUGCUCUGAAUCAGUCCGGCUUGCUUCCUCGUGGUUUGUCAGAUUCCGCCGCCGUGAACAAUACCUUGGUGAAUCUUGACGAGGCUAGCGUCGGAGAGGCUGAAAUCCAAAACCUAGAAACUAAUGUUGGUGGCGAGAACAACAGGCGAGGAGAUUUGGUCGCUAACGGUGUGAUUUCGCAUCAAGAGAUGCAUAUGAGCUCGAUGCCUGAUUCGCCAAUGAUGGAAGCCGCCGGUUCUUCCAUAGAAUCUUCCUCUUCUUCUCCUUCCACUGCCAAUUUGCGACACAUCCGCGUUAGAAUCGGCGAAGACCAAAGGAUCGAGGAACAUUUCUCUCAGAUGAACCUCUCAAACGUGCAAACUCACAGACAUUUGGAAGAUGGGACUGGCUUGAUGGCAAAUCGGCCAACGAUGAAUCCGCCGGGUACGAUGACAGAUGCUGGGAUUGGGUAUAACAACGCACCUAUUGAUGGUGCUGCUGCCGUAAGCAAUGGCCAGGGAUCAACGGACGACGAUCGAUCCGAUCAAGGUGUACCAACUGGGUACAGGAAGCCACCUCUGCCGAUGCAGCCAGUGGCGAUCCCACCGCGAGGUGCCGGUGGGUAUGGCUUGGCAUCUCCUGAUUCCGUUGCAAGUGAUACUAGCAUUUCUUCUGCGACUUCAUUUACAAAGCCGAUGUACUACCAAGACCAAGCUCCACCUCUGCCAAGAGCCCCAGUGACACAGCCUGAAACCACAACGGUCCAAACCAGCAACGGCCUGCCUCAGCCUGAAACCACUUCAGCCCAAACCACAUCCCACGUCUUAUCUCAGCCAGGUACAUACACAACUAUGGACCAACAACACCAACCUUUCUUACACCAAGGCGUUCAGUACAUCCCUCACCCAUCGCAAUACAUCCCGGUUUACUCUCACCAGCAGCAAAACUACCCGGUUUACAUGAUGCCCGUCCCGCAGACUCAGCAGUAUGUCCCAGCAGGAACUCCUCCGCUCUACCCAAACUCGAAACCCGCAACAAACCCGAGACCUGAAGCCGCUCAGAACGUUUACCGCGCCGCUGUACCAGUUCAUCAGCUUCAGCAACAGCAACAGCAACAGCCUCAGCAUCAAUACAUGGGUUACACUGGAGUUCCUCAACACGCCGCAAACGCAAACCCCAACUACAGUGGAGCCUACGAGUACAGUACAAACCCGCCAAACGAGGCAGUGUAUUACCACGCACAACGUCCUCCUGCUAACACUGCUAUUCCGCUAGCGUCUCCGUACCAGAGCAUGACGCCAGCAGCAGCCGCAGCCGCUCUAGCCGAUAUGUCCAAGCAGAUGGCUCUCGACAGUGGCAAACAGCAACAACAUAUGGCUGCGUCUCAACCGCUUUGAGCACUGAAUCUUCUUCAGUAAUAAACGCUCAAAAGCCAAGUAUAGCCAAUUACUCGCGAUUUCUUUCUUUCUUUCUUUUUUGCUUAUUACGUAACAUCUCGUUAGGUAUAUCAUAUAUAUAUAGGCUUUGCUAUCUUGUGAUAAAGUUCUUCUUAUCUUAGUAUUCUCCGUGUCUCUAUAUAUUUGGAAAAUAAAAAUUGUUUGGACGAUUUUUCUAAGCAGUAAAGCACUGUAUUGGGUUGUGGUGGUAAAUGAAGGAUUCAUGGUUUUGAUUAAAUACAAUUUUUGAAAUUGUCUUGAUACGAAGAUUAUAUAAAAACUAAACAAUGCAACCUUGUAUCAACCAAUAUAUAUGUAGACUUUUUGAUCU